AUGGUUAAAGUACAAGUCCUUUUCGCUAGCAUCCCUAUAGCCAUCGGCUUCCUGUACAUCUCAGGGGCAACGACCGUUAAAUACGAAUCUAACUGGGCGUCAUUAGAUUCCCGCCCCUUACCCACCUGGUUUGAUGAGGUGAAAUUUGGGGUUUUUAUCUGCUGGGGAAUUUACUCCGUGCCGAGUUAUGGGUCAGAGUGGUUCUGGUGGUACUGGAAGGGAGUUAAAUCACCAGCGUUCCAACAGUUUAUGGAGAAGAAUUAUCCACCAGGCUUCACCUACGCAGAUUUCGCUCCUCUCCUCAAGGCUGAGUUAUUUGAUCCAGAUCAGUGGGCUGACAUAAUUGAGGCGUCUGGUGCCAAAUAUGUGGUAAUAACCGCCAAACACCAUGGGGGGUUCACUUUGUGGCCAUCUGAGAAUUCAUGGAACUGGAAUUCUGGGGAUACCGGCCCUCAUCGAGACCUUGUCGGUGAUCUUGCCACCGCCAUUCGUAGAAAGCCUGGCAUACAUUAUGGUGUGUAUCACUCCAUGUUUGAAUGGUUCAACCCGCUGUACCUUCAAGACAAAGCCAACAACUUCACAACUAAUGAGUUUGUUAAGACAAAGACAAUGCCGGAGUUGUACGAUCUGGUCAACAGAUACAAACCGGAAGUGAUUUAUUCCGAUGGCGACUGGGAGGCACCGGAUACUUACUGGAACUCAACCGGGUUUUUAGCCUGGCUCUAUAAUGACAGCCCGGUGAAGGAUACAGUGGCUGUAAAUGACAGGUGGGGGAAUGGUACAUCCUGUCGACAUGGAGGAUACUAUGACUGUAUGGACAGAUAUUCUCCAGGCGUUCUACAAUCUCACAAGUGGGAGAAUGCCAUGACGAUUGACCGGAAGUCGUGGGGUUACCGCAGAGAGGCUCCCCUGGCUGAUUACCUCAACAUGGACCAUUUAACACAGCUUAUGGCCGAGACGGUCAGUUGUGGAGGUAACUUACUGAUGAAUAUCGGUCCCACGCAUGACGGUCGCAUUGUUCCCAUUUAUGAGGAGAGACUCCGAGACAUGGGAGCCUGGUUGAAGGUCAAUGGGGAAGCGAUCUAUGGCACAAAGCCCUGGGCACAUCAGAACGACUCUGUGACACCGGGAGUGUGGUAUACGUCCAAGAUUGACAUCACACAAACCUUUGUCUACGCCAUCUUCCUGGAAUGGCCAGAGAAGGAUUCUCUUUUCUUACAAGAUGUCUCUCCUAACUCUCAAACCAGAGUCACCUUGCUGGGAUAUGACGGAGAGUUUGAUUGGCAGCCAGGAACUUCAGGGGGCAUAACUGUUGAGAUUCCGCCUAUUCCUAUAAAUAGGAUGCCGUGUAAAUGGGCAUGGACAUUAAAGUUCCAGAAUCUUGUAUUGUGA